UAAAGAGGUGACCGAAUAACCAGAAGCCAACUAAAAGUCUCCCAAUCAAUUACUUUCAUCAAUUCUCUGCGUUUUCCGGUUCCUUUUCCCUAAAGUUGUCAUCAAGAAAAUUCUUCAGAUUUGUCACGCUUCGAAGAUCUUCACGUGAUUGUCGAGGUGAUGUUCAUAUUUGCUUCAUUGAGUGUGUUCACUGGUCAGAGCAGCUAGAUGGUUAACCAUUGAAUGACACAACAUGUGCAAUCAUACGUGCGUCAGCCGUCAUAUGGUCAUAUGGCAUCCACUAGUAGCAGCAAUAAUUAAAUAGUGACAUUGACCAUAUGUUGCCCUUCUUUAGGCCGCCUGGUUAGUUCACUAGUACUGAGAGUGAAAAUUCAGAGCUUUUAUUAGUUCUUUCCAAUGGCAGACUCGACAAGUGCUUCUGGUUCAACUAAGAACUCUGGAAUGACCACUGCCAUCACUAAUAAAAGGAUGUCUAAAAGAUGUUUAGUUACUUCUAUGCCUGAGACUUUCUCAAGGAAUGCUUUUUGGCAUAUGGAAACCCUAAAACAUGGUGGAUUGGGCAGGAAAACCGCUGGUCAUGUAGCAUUGUUUUUGCUCGAAGUUGCUGCAUUAGAAAUGGUACGAAGGCUCUCGAGGGCUAAGUGUCCAUUUGCAUGGCGUGGUCUCCAGACAUUGCAGCUUCUUUGCUAUCCUCCAUUUAAGUGGAUCCAGAGAUGGGCUCCAUUCAAGGGAUUGGUUAAGGGCGUGCAGAUUCUAUCAAGGCCAUUAUUAGUUCUUUCUAUUGCAACAGCUUUCUCUGACAAGUCGGAGCAUAAUAAUGGAACUUCAGAUGGUUUUGAUGAUACUGAUGUUGUGGGUGAUUCUCAUGCGUAUUCAGAAUCACAUUCAGAGCUGCCUUCUGAACAAUCCACCCUAGAUAUAAGGAUCCAUGAUGAUGAUGGUGCUCUUCAAAGUUCGGCAUCUGAGAAUUGGUUGCUACAACUUUACAAAGAGCUGGAAAAUCAGGGGAUAAGUUUACCAGAAAGAAUUGAUGAGAAUGAGCUCCACAGAUUUUAUACUGCUGCAAAUGGAGACUUUUCAUGCUUGCUGUCAUCAAUAAAGAAAACAAUCCAUUGGAGGGAUACUUAUAAUAUUCUUUCUGGACAAGAACUUGAGAUGUGGUCGAAUAUGCUCUUCUGGCAUGGUUUUGAUGUGAAACAGCGACCUUGCCUUAUUGUACGGCUUGGGCUAGUUUGCUUGAGCCUCCCAUAUCAUGAUAGACCUCGCUUUGCUCAAGCAGUUGUAUCUCAGAUAGAUCAUGGGGUGCUGCAUUUAGUUGAUGCUGAAAAUCCUCAAAUUACAGUUUUGGUGGAUUGUGAAGGGUUAUCUCCAUUGAAAAUUCCCAUGCAAAUGAUGAGAUCCUGUUCUGCUCUUCUGCAAGAUCACUUCCCAAACCGUCUUGGAUGUUUGUUUGUUAUACGACUUCCUCCAGUCGUUCGAGUUAUUGCUCAAACUUUUAUACAGGUUCUGAAACCCAUCACCCGGAAGAAGUUGAGAAUUGAGGGGGAGAUGUAUCAAAAGGUCAUCUCUGAGCACCUUCAGGUGCUUCCAUCAUAUCUUGGUGGCAACUGCACUUGUACAAGAUGCUCAACACUUGGUUCCUGUAAAAUGCAACAGCUUCUUAUGAAUAAGGACAACAGUAUAGAGCCAACCUCAGAUACUAGUGAUGAUGAGGAUCUAUCAUCGCCCUAUCCUGCUACUGAUAUGCAGACCAACGGAGACUGCAACCAGAUCUUGAGAAGCGCUAUGAUUGGCAUACUCAUGUUAUGGGUUUUCGUUGCAAUCAUUGCAGGAAUGUAUGAUGCUGAAAGUCGUCAGUUUUUUCCCUCCUGAGGAGAUCCGUAGGAACUAGGAAGACCUUUUGGAUUUAUUCGAAGAAUGUUGAAGAAUUAAAUCAAUUGUGAUAGAGAAUUAAUGCAUGUGAAGAAAAUAAGAGCAAAUGAGAUAAUCAAGACUUCAAAAGCAACUGCACAUGUGGCUAGAAGGAUGUGUUUUCAUUGCUGAAUUAGCACCCUACAUUCUUGUAAGUUACAAUUGUUAAAUUCUAGGGUGUUUUUGACGGAAAACUUGAAUACUCCCUUCUUGAACUUUGUGCUUACCAUUGUUGAAUUCCAACUUCUCCUGAUUGUUCACUGUAGGAAAAUUGCCCUUUGAAGUUGAGGACUUGAUAUUCUCAAAGCUCAACUAUCAAUGUAAAAAUUUUCUAAAAUUGGUAAAUGACUAUCCAUAGCAUGCAUUUGUUAGUUAACCAAGGCAAGAUUAUAAGCCAAGCUAAUAUUUCCCUUGUGUGUAGAACUAAAUGAAUUUAUCAGCCUCUCACUCUCUCAGGUAUGAGAAAUCUAACUUUAUUGACAGAACUGUGUCUGGUAUUGCCUCAUCUUUUUAACCAGAAUGGGCUCAUAUUUCUCUGAUAAAAUAGUUUGCUCCUCAAUUAACUGUGGAAUAAUUUGGUUUGUCCUUUUAGAGUGCUCCUCUUGGUUUUGAAAGCAGAAGUGUAUUUAUUUUUUCGAAAGGGGGUAUAUUGUUAACUGUUUUUGUAGGUAACAUACUUUUAAAUGUUGGUAGCAGCAAGACUUUGUUGAAAGGAAGAAGUCAGGGUAAUAUUUACUUUUAACUCAAACAGGCCUUGUGACAACUAUUUAGAUUAAGAUGAACUUAGUGUCAUAAUCCUGCGCUGACUCUGAGGCCAUGCUUUUUUCUUAGAAUGCAUACUAUAAUGUCUUUUUUUUUGGAUAGAAAAAGAAGAUGAAUUUAAUAAAACAGGACCGUAGUGUCUUUUCUUUACACCAAAGGCUUCUACCUUCUUGAUCUAUACCUCCUAUCCUUUUCACUAGUUCUUCAUUUCACCAAAAACUUCUACCUUCCUGGUCCUCUUUUUUUGUACUAGCACAAUUGCGGUUGGUUGCUUAGUUGGUUGUUUAUUUAGGCAUCUGCAUAUAGAUUUUUGUUCAGUAGGUCAACCAAUUUAUUAAGUUGGAACAUUUAAAGAAAGUGAGUCACUGACGUAGCUGGUUAUAUAAAAUGCGCCAUUUAGAAAGCAGGUUUGAGGACCCAAGCAGAUGCCGACAGUGUCUGCAUAGGAUCCCACAAUGAAUGGCCAUAGAAGGCUGCUAUUUUCAGUCUCAAACUCUUUUACUUGCCUUUAAUGUCAGAACGCACUGGGUGGGCUUGGGCUGUGUGACUGUGCCCACCAAAUUAGAAGCGCACUUUGGGCUCUCCGUCUCUGCAUUCCCUUGCGCAAGCAAAUAUGAGCACUAACGGGAUGGCUGAGAAUGAAAGUCUGUCUCCCUCCCUACAGCCAACUUUGGGAUAUAAAAUUAGGUGAGCAGCGCUGCUAGAAACUUUACUUUAGCUGUGGAUUAAAUAUUAUUUAUGUGAUAAGUGCAUCCCUCUGUGCCUUUCUUGAAUGACCCUUCUCCCUCCCCAAGGACCAGGAGCUAGUACAAGCAUCACAGGAAAAUGGGCCAAGUGGAUAUCUAGAGGAAUCCCACUUUUAAUUUCAUUAUUAUAUUAUGUGAUAACCUUUUUAAUUGUUAGAUUGUGUUUCAGAGUGGAUUUUAAGUGUCAGGCAUUAGAUUUGUAUGAAUUUAAUGUUGAAUAAAUUAAUAGCAGCAAAUGUGUUUUAUUUUCUGCUUAGUUUGUAGGAGUUAGUUAGCAUGAUGUUAGUGGUUUCUAGGAGUUGUUUAACAUAACAUGAUGUUAGUGGUGCCUAUUUUUGUGCUUGUAACCGUUUGUUUUUAGCCUAUAUAAUGACCAUUUCCUUAUCAAUGAAGUAGUAGAGUUUUCAAUCCAACUUUGUUUCCCCUUAUUUUUAAAUUUAUCGUUUUCUUCUUCUAUUUUACAUCAUUUAAAUGAUAUUUAGUAAAUUAAUAUAGUUUUAUGUUGCAUUUUAUUCAAGUUUGUACAGCUCCCAGAUAUGAGGUUAAUUUUAUUUUUAGCGUUCUUCAUCCUCAAACUUGUAAUUCUUCUUACAUUUGGUUUUCAGGCUUCUGCACCAAGCUUUGGCUUGCCUUGUUAGCAGGUUGGCUGAAACCGAGGUCAAUGUUAAUAGUUCAUUUUGAAUAAUGUUCACAAUAAAACUGUGUCGAAGUUUCUGGUCGUAGUUGGUGUGGCCCGAACGACUACACUGCUAAAAAAAACCUGGCAAGAUCACUUUGCAACGGCCGGGUAAUUUGAAUGAGGUUAGGUGUUCUGUUCUGUAUACGUAUGUUUUGUUUUGUUUUUUUUUUUCUUAAAUAAUUUCUAGUACCAAAUUAUUAAAUAAGGUCUUAAUCAUCCUCAAAGAUUGAUUUUUGAGUUUGCUUCAUAAUUUUGCUUCGGAUAAUAAAAUUUCAAUAGUAAAUAUGUUGCCAUAUAUA